AUGCUCUUCAAAUACGUUCAUUUCCUCGCGCUUCUCAUCGUCCUCACGGCAACUGCUGUUCUAAGCAAAGGCUCCGCGAUAGAGUGUGGGCCAGCUGUCGGAGGAGCAAGAUGUGGUCUGAAUACGUGCUGCAGUGUCGCCGGGUUCUGUGGCACGACCAGCGCGCACUGCGGUACAGGGUGCCAACCAGGUUACGGGAGUUGCGUGGUUCCAACCGCUCCCAGUUGUGAUGCGAGCAAGAAGUCUGCUACCAACGGCCGCCGGGUGGGCUAUUGGCAGGUGCAGCAAGUCCAUGAUGACGCCUGUGAUGUGGUGUUGCCCGCAGACAUCGACAGGGCAGGUAUGACGCAUCUGUUACUCGCUUUCGCGCACUUCGACCUAAAGACGUUCGAUGUCAUCCCGGCGAACGCUACAGACGAACGGUACUACGCCGAGUUCACCGCCUUGAAGUCCGAUUCGUUGCAAACGUGGAUCGCUGUUGGAGGAGGGGCUUUCGGCGGCGCGAAAUGGUCAGCUAUGGCGAGAAAUGCUACGUCGCGAACGGCGUUCGUGUCCUCUCUCAAGGACUUCAUGGACAAGUACUCUUUUCAAGGUGUCGAUCUCGACUGGGAAUUCCCGGACCGAUCAGGUUCUGAUGCACAGAAUUUCGUAGCCCUGGCUAAGGAGAUCAAAGACACGAUCAGGUGUGGAAUAUCCACGGCCGUACCUUCGGACUGGGGCAGUGUCAAGGGAUUCGAUAUUGACGGCCUAUCCAAUUAUCUCGACUUCUUCAAUUUCAUGGGUUACGACAUCCACGGUUGGGGCAUCGAUGAAGGAUCGGACCGAACAAAAGUGACGUACGGCGCCGACAUUCGUGACAUCGCAGUCGAACUACUGCCGUUAUGGGCCAAUGCAACCCAGGCUGGGCAAGUGAAUCUGGGCGUUCCAUACUAUGGUCGUGGAUAUACGUUAUCAAACUAUAGCUGCACGAUCAAGGGCUGUAAGGCCAGUGGGCCCAGCAAGUCCGGAAAGUGCACUCCAGAUCCAAGCGGUGUCAUGACCCUUGGCGACCUGGCCACCGUCAUCAAAGAGUGA